AUGAGGGUGGUGUCGUCCGCGAACUUGAUCAGCUUCACGGAGUCGUGGCUGGAGGUGCAGUGGUUGGAGGUGCAGUGGUUGGAGGUGCAGUGGUUGGAGGUGCAGUGGUUGGAGGUGCAGUGGUUGGAGGUGCAGUGGUUGGAGGUGCAGUGGUUGGAGGUGCAGUGGUUGGAGGUGCAGUGGUUGGAGGUGCAGUGGGAGGAGGUGCAGUGGGAGGAGGUGCAGAGGAGGUGCAGUGAGGACCGCUGCCUGGACCUGUUCAGCUGGUGCCACCUGGUUCCUCAACACGGCGUCUGUAACCACAAGUUCUACGGACACCAGUGUUGUAAGUCAUGCUCCGGCAAAAGGCACUAG